AUGGCCACUACACCAAUACCACAAGCUUUAGCCAUGAGAAAAAGGAGAGCAAGAUUAAAAGAAGAUGCAGAAGUGUAUGAAGACUAUAGAUCAAAAGAAAGAAAAAGAUUACAGAAUUUAAGAAAGAAUUUAUCCCCUGAACAAAUCGCUAAAAAUAGAGAAGCAUCAAGACUAAGAAUGGCGAAGAUGAGACAGAUAAGAAAACAAAAUUGUAAGGAAAACGAAAUCAAUAAUACAAACUUAGUUCGAAAAACUAGAUUAAGUACUGAUCAGCAGCAGAAACAGAGAGAAUCAUGGAAACUGAAGAAAAGAGAGCAAAGGUUGAAUAUGUCAUCCCAAAAGAAAAGGAGAAUAAGGGAAAAGGAUGCUAAGGAAAAGAAGAGUAAAACAGCCUUGUUGCAGGAGAAGAAUUCAACAGAAGAUUACGGUAGUUCUAAUGAUAACUUAGCAUUUCCUUCAGAUGCAGCAAAACGACAAGCUUUAUGCCGUGUUAAAUCCAGCUUCCCAAAAAAAUCUGCUGUAAAAUAUGCUGUUGUAGUGGCAAAUCUGAUAAAAACGGCUAGUCCCAAAAAAGUUGCAGCUUUGAAGGAACAUGGUGUUGAAGUCAAACAACAGGAUCAAGAUAUGUGUUAG